GCGCAUGCGCGUUGCCUGCGCGCUCGCGCGGUCGGCUGGGCAUCAGAGACGUCUGCGGCGAAACCCAGAGGAGAUCGCUGCCGGGGACAUGUGGCGGCCGAUGCGACUGUGCCACUUCCACUCCACCCUGCUGCAGACCAGACAGAAGCCCUGGCCGUGCCCUGCCAUAUUCUUCAGGAGAAACUUCAAGAGCCCACUGGCCAGGACCUCAAGAACCAGGCUGCUGUGGAGGAGGGCGCUCUCUGUCACUAUAGUGGGGGUGCCCUUGCUCCUCGGUGCCCGCUAUUUCAUGGCAGAGGCGCAGGAGAAGAGGAAGAUACGACUUGGAAUAGAUGGUAUUGGGCGCUUUGGCAGGUCUGUGAAGGUUGGUCUGCUCAUUUCCUUGGACUACUGGUGGUGCACAAAUGUUGUCCUCCGGGGAGUGGAAGAGAACAGCCCGGGGUAUGUGGAGGUGAUGUCCGCAUGUCACCAGCGUGCGGCUGACGCCCUGGUGGCAGGAGCCAUCCGUAACGGGGGCCUCUAUGUGAAACUGGGCCAAGGGCUGUGCUCCUUCAACCACCUGCUCCCACCUGAGUACAUCCAGACUUUGCGCGUGCUGGAGGACAAGGCUCUUACUCGGGGCUUCAGGGAGGUGGACAAUUUGUUCCUUGAAGACUUCCAGGCACUUCCUAAUGAACUCUUCCGGGAGUUUGACUAUGAGCCGAUGGCUGCUGCCAGCCUGGCUCAGGUGCACCGUGCCAAGCUCCAUGAUGGCACUGAUGUGGCUGUAAAGGUACAGUACAUUGACCUACGUGACCGCUUUGAUGGAGAUGUGCACACACUGGAACUCCUGCUGGACCUCGUGGAGCUCAUGCACCCCACCUUCGGCUUCAGCUGGGUCCUACAGGAUCUGAAGGGGACACUGGCCCAGGAGCUGGACUUCGAGAAUGAGGGCCGAAAUGCUGAGCGCUGUGCUCAGGAGCUAAAGCACUUCCGUUACAUUGUUGUCCCUCGGGUGCACUGGGACAAGUCCAGCAAGCGGGUGCUGACAGCUGACUUCUGUGAUGGCUGUAAAGUGAAUGACAUGGAGGCCAUCAAGAGGCAGGGGCUGGCAGUGCAGGACGUAGCGAAGAAGCUGAUCCAGGCUUUUGCUGAACAGAUAUUCUACACUGGCUUCAUUCACUCUGACCCCCACCCUGGCAAUGUUCUGGUGCGGAAAGGUCCAGAUGGGAAAGCAGAGCUGGUGCUCCUGGACCACGGGCUCUACCAGUUCCUGGAUGAGAAGGACCGGUCCUCCCUGUGCCAGCUGUGGCGGGCCAUCAUCCUGAGGGACGAUGCUGCAAUGAAGACCCAUGCAGCUGCACUUGGGGUACAAGACUAUAUGCUGUUCUCCGAGGUGCUCAUGCAGCGACCUGUGCGCCUGGGCCAGCUGUGGGGUUCCCACCUGAUGACCCGUGAGGAGGCGGUCUACAUGCAGGACAUGGCUCGUGAACACUUUGAAGGCAUCAUGGAAGUGCUCAAGGCACUGCCCCGGCCCAUGUUACUCGUGCUACGAAACAUCAACACGGUGCGCGCCAUCAACUCCACACUGGGCACCCCUGUGGACCGCUACUUCAUCAUGGCCAAGAGUGCUGUUUCGGGUUGGAGCCGCCUGGUGGGUGCAGCGUACCAUGGCAUUUACAGCAGCAGCCUCUUACGCCAUAUCAAGGUCAUCUGGGAGGCAUUCAAGUUUGAGGUGGCCCUGAGGCUGGAGACCCUUGCCAUGCGGCUCACGGCCCUCCUGUUGCGUGUUCUGGCCCGCCUGGGUUUUGCCCCCAAGGCUGAGGAGGUCUCCCAGUACCUGGAGAUGUAGGUCUCUGAGCCAGAAUGACUGACUACAUGGCUGCCAGGGGUCAGCAGAGCUUCCAGCCUGGGCACACUGAGCAGGCCCAGUGCCAGAUACUUUUCAACCCAGGGCUGGAAUGGGGAAUACACUAUGGGGCUCUUAAACACAAUGACCACACACUCAUCUGAAA